UCACCAUCAACCGCCACAAAAGAUCCCAAAAACACCACACUACCCUGCCUCCUCCUACUCAAUUUCAUACCAUAAGAAAGUGUCUCCCCCCCGUCUACAUUCCACGAUGCCACCGAAGCGUCGAUCCGACGCAAUAUCCCGCGACGACGACCCUCACUCAGCAUCAUCUUCCGGCCCAGAAGAAUCUGGUUCCGACCAUGAAAUGGUAACACAAUCUCGUCACCGACGUCGACGGCGUUCCUCCUCUCAAUCAUCCGCCGCAUCUUCUUCCGCCUCUGCUUCGUACUCCCACCACGACCCUCACGGCACGCUGGUGAAGAAACUCGUCCGCCUGGCGCUCGCGACCGAAUACUCUCGCACCCCUCUGCGGCGGAACGACGUCCACACCAAGAUCUUCAAGGAUUCCAACGCGAGCGGGCGCAGCUUCAAAACGAUCUUCGACUCUGCCCAAAACAUCCUCAAGGACACCUUUGGCAUGCAACUCGUCGAAUUGCCCGGCAAGGAAAGGACGUCACUCAAGGACCGUCGGACCCAAGCCACCCAGCCCAAGUCGACGAGUUCUACAUCCUCCAAAAGUUGGAUUCUGGUUUCGGUGCUGCCCGAGAAAUUGAAAAACGACCCGGCCGUCGCACGACCGACCAAGGCACCUUCACAGGAGACCGAGGCGACCUACACGGCCCUGUACACGUUCAUCCUGAGUCUGGUGUACCUCAACAACGGGGCGUUGACGGACCAGAAACUGACGCGCUACCUGAAGCGGGUCAACGCGGACACCUACACGCCCCUCGGGGCCUUGGAGAAACUCCUCGCGAGGAUGACCAGAGAAGGUUACGUGGAGAAACGGAGGGACACGACCAUGGGGGAGGAGGUCAUCGAAUGGGUCCCCGGGCCGAGGGGCAAGGUCGAGGUGGGGGCCAGAGGGGUGGCCGGCCUGGUGAGGAGCGUCUACGGGUACGGAGCCGUACCGUUGGGCACGGUGGUGGCUCGGCCAGACCCAAGCGGGAGUGGGAGUGACGACGAGGGUCCGCCUGGCGAACCGCAAAGGCUGGUCAAGAUCGAAGAGGACGAGUUGAAUUCGAAAAUCAAGAAGAGUUUGGGCGUCGGAUUCGAACGCGAGAGGCCGCUGAGUGGCGACAACAGUGGCGAUGAGGGUGAAGAAGGGCCGGGUGGUGUGGACGGUGAGAGUGCCGUUGAGCAGGCCGUGAGUGGCAGUGGCGGUGGACCGAGAUCCGGCCGCACACAGACGACACGACACCAACACAGGACGAGAGUGGGAACCGGUGGGAGGACGAGGCGGACGAGACGAGACGACGACGAUUGACCGAUUCCACGGGCAAGAAUCUAUUGAGGGAUUCUUUCCUGGGUAAAUACGAUUUGAUGGAUCGGAGUGAUGAAGAAAUCUCUCUCGGUCUCGAUUGAGAGCCACGUUGAUGGGAAGACAAGAUCGAACAGCAAAAAAAAGAACAAGCAACACAGCCUUCACUACACCCCUCAAUCAUUGCACACGUUUGUACACUUUGCAAUGAACUACCUCGAGAUAGAUCUAGAUACCCAAAGGUACAUGUGAUACGGUUCUACAUACGACCUA